CGCAGGAAAUCAAAAUGGCGGACUGCAGAGCAGCUGUAAGGAUUAUCUUGUUGGUUGGAUGUUUUUGCUUAUCGUCAGCGAUAUUUUCCUCAAAUGAUAAUCAAGAAAGGAAGGUAAGAUAUAGCAAAUAUGUACUUAAACUUACCGAAGGGUUUUUUUUUUUUCGGUGAACUAUAUCGGAAUUGAAACCAACCCGUUUAUGCCGUACAAAAUACUUGCGUGUGGUAUCUUGUCAGUGUCUUGUUUGUAUAAAAUUUCAUUAAAUUGAUCACUACUUGUGCCAUGUGUUGAUUCCCACACUAAAAAACUACCACGUAGUACUUGUAGUGGCAGUACAGGAACCCUACCAGUGGCAGGUGGUCCUGGGAUGUUUCCUUUUUUGCCUUCUUGGACGUUUUCAGAAUAGGAACAUACUUUGUUAGUCACAUGUUAUUUCCAAAUAAAAUUCUGCACGGGACCGGUCGUUUCGAUACAAGUCACUUCUCUACAAGUUAAUUCAGUCGAGGUGGAAACAGUUUCACGUACUUGGCUUAAAGAACAUGGGAUAUUCAACCCAUCACAGGAAAUUUCUGGUAUAGCAUCCAUCGAGGGAGUUUGUCUUAGCAAUGGUGAGAGUAUCAGUACAGGCCUCACACCCAUAAAGCAGUAUCAAUGCAAUCAAUGCCUUCAUUUUUAAUCUCUUUUCUUGGAUUGUUUGACCAGAUUUUCUGCUUGUCAUUGGUAGCCUUCCAGAAUCUUUAAUGUCCUUGUCAUUAAAAUAACAAGUUAAUUUACACAAUUAAGAUAAGUAUUGAGGGUGAAGAUGUUAUCAACACAUGAAAAUCAAUAAUGAUUUUCAAGGGCCAGUUAAUUUGCAAGACUAACAGAACAUCUUUGGGCUGGUAGAAUCAAACACACCAGUUGUUUGCAUUGCACUUAACUUCUUGACCCUGUCAAAAUUUUUGUUUUUCUAAUAUAUUCAAUUUGAAAUGUUUCAAAACUUCCGGCAUUAAAAAAUACUUCCCUUAUUGCACAUUACUUAUAUGUCAGUAGCAAAGUUUGAAUUAUUUCUUUGGCAGUAUUUUGUUUUUGUCCACCAGUCGAAGCAUGUGUUAGAACAAAUCCCUCAGGUGGUCAUAAAUAUUUAAAACCUAAUCAGCCUUCAUUCCAAAAUCUAAACUCAACUGAUUUAAACCUGGAUUGGGUUUGUGAUAUCAAAGAAAUAACACUCAGGUCUCUGGGCAUUGCAUCUGGGUUACUGUAAAGAGUUGACCUAAACCAGAAACUGCAUGCAAAAAGUGUCUGGCACCAAGGGUAGGCAGUUCAUUGUAUGGAAAUUGUGCACUUAGAUAGAUACCGUAAAAACUCGUGUAUAAGCCGCACCUUUUUGCCGAAAUUUUGAGUCAAAAAUCGCGGGUGCGGCUUAUACACGAGACCAUUGCUCUCAAAGGGAGUAAACUGGCUUGUAGGGGUCACAAAUUGAACUGAAAACCUUCAGUAAAUAAAGAUUAAACAUAUUGAAACCUGUCGUUGAUCAUUGCUUUCAGUAGAAGUGGUGGCUCCUAAAGGAGCCGUUUGUUUGCAUCUGCAGGUUCUAUACCUGAAUCUUGCUCGCCAGUAGUUCUUUUAAGCGUUUCAUCUGCGCUUUGUUUGAGUAGUUAAACUCUAACUGGCACGGAAUCUCCAUUCCUCCGCACAGCUGCUUACAGUGUCGUCUGCGGCUGAUCACUUCAACGCUGAUUUCCCCACUACGUGCAAGAAAAUACCACGCUAUUCGAGAGAAUUCGCAAGGCAAAUGGCCGAUCGUUUCGUCGUCCUUCACUACUUUCACGGCGUGUUUGUCCAUUGGGUCGAACAAACGAUCACCUUUUUUACAAAAGCGCAUUUUUGUUUUUGUUUUUUCUUCAAAAUCAUGCUUGAAAGUUGGGGGUGCGGCUUAUACACGAGUGCGGCUUAUACACGAGUUUUUACGGUAGUUUAUUUGUAAAAAGCUUGCAGCUACUAAGCUGAAUUGUGUAUUUACAAUAUAAUAUAUUUAACAAUUAUUCCACGAGGGCGCGUUGGAUAUGAGAUGAUAGAUAGCCAACGAGGCGCAUAGCGCCGAGUUGGCUAUAAUCAUUUCAUAUCCAACAAGCCCGAGUGGAAUAUUGUUUUAUUAAAAACGCCUACAAAAUCUCGUUGAAUCGCCCCGACUAGAACAAACCGGAAAAGACAAGGGACUUCGGCUAUUGACAAGUCACACGUCUAUCAAAACUGUCAACGGGCGAACGGACUCGCCUAGACUGCAUGAAUGAAAAAUCAAAACAUUGUGUGAUGAACAUUAGUUUUUUAAAAACUCAUCGUGAUUCUAGGAUUUUACACAGCAGAACAGCUUAAAAAACCUGGCAGGUAAUGUGAAGGAAAGGAAUUUUUAAGUGACAGCCGUUGAAAUUACUAUGAAUUUGGAUUUUCGAUGCAGUUAUAAAAGUAAGAACAACGGAGAAAAACUACCGGUAUUACCUCGGUCGCUUGUUAUGAAGUUGUUUGAAGCCACAAGUUGGUUUUGCUGAACGAGAAAAGAAGCUAUACUGCCGCCUCGAUUGCUCUAGUGAAUGGCUGCAUAGCCUGUAUUUGUAGCUGGUUACUUGUGAUUUAUAUUCUUGAUGUCGGAUAAACAAGCUGCAGUUAUCUAUCGGCGAGUGACUCGAUCGGCGAAUGGCUUCGCGAUCAUGAAGAAACAACACUUGUCUUCUUUCGUAGCUGGUCAAGGUACCUUAGUUCCAUGUGUUUUCAUGUGUUUUUCGACAAACUUUCAAGUAAGCUCUUGUGGCUUUUUUGUUUGUUUUUGUCUUUUUUCUUUCGUUGAAAUUGCAUUUCUAGUAUUCUAAGAAAUGAAUUAAAACGAUUUGCUUCGGGCGCCGUUCUAUCCUUCGCAAAAAAAAAUCUCAGCUAGCUUCCAAUUUUAAACUGACGCGUACACCGACCAUAUAUGGAGAACAUGGUAUAUUAGCUCAUAUACCAUAACAGCUAGGCCAAUCAAAAUGCUAGAAUUGCAUUAUCCAAUGAUUCAGUUUUUAAUAAAACAUAGUAUAACAGAAUCUUACAAUAGAGAGUAUAAUAAAAUGAUAAUGAUAACAUCCUAAAUAAAUAGUAACAUCCUAUAAAUAUAAAAAAGCUUAAAACUGUUAAAAUAUAUACAACGUCAUCGAUCUCAUUUACAAAACUCACCGAGCACUAAAAUUCGUUAUCAAUACUUGAUCUUACUAAAAAACUAUUUUUGAAAUGCGCGGUCUUACAUUUGGGAAUCGCAAAACGCCUUUUGCACCGAAGAUUAUAACAUGGCGGCCCUGACGAUUGAAGCAUGUUAUGCAAGUGAUGUGCCGGGGCAUUAGCAAUCGAGAGGAAGGUCUUUUUACAUAAGCUAGCGAUGUAGUCAUUGUAGGCCAUGUUCUUGACUAGAUACUGUUGUAUUUUGUAAACUAUUCUGAGGAGGUUCAAGCACCUGCUUAAUUUAACAUUGGUGACUGUAUACUAGAAUCAUUGCUUGUUUUUAAUCUUUUUCAGAUUAGCAUUGUGGAGUUUUGGUGUGACUCUAAAAAUCACCCUGAUUGUCGUGGUAAACAUUACAGUAUAAUUCAUGUUGUAGCAGAGAGUCUUGGCAAAAGAAGUGCUAUUCAUUACCUUUGGUCUGUCAUUUACUCACCAACAAUUGUCAUGGCCUACUUUGAGAAAACUGGAGUGAAUGUCACUGUGGACUGGAAAAAAGUUCUCACGAAUGGAAACUUAACAGAUGGAAUACGUUUCACUGAAUACAGUAAAUACAUUACAGCACUUGUUAUUCCUGCAAUCUAUGAAUUCCAGGAUCCAAAGGAUGCACUUUUUUAUACUGACUGGAAAAAAGUCAAAGUUGACACUAUUGUGAAACAUCCAUUUCAUAAACUGAAUUGGGAAAAACCAGUUAUUGACCAUGAAAACAAUAUAACAACAUUUAAAGCAAGUAUGUUGGGAGGAGAAGUUACAUUUCAGGUUAGUCAUGAAAUCCACCUUAAUUUUGUUCCUUUUUUUGCUUUCAUUCGAAUGCAAUCCUUCCCUCUAUUGUUCAGUCAGAUUGUCUAGCAGAUACCUAAAGUAAUCUGUAGGUUGCAGUGAUUUCAAAAUUAACUGUAGGCUCUUUGUCAGGCAAUAAAAAAUUUCAGCGCGCAAAUGUGCAGCCAUGCCCAUAUGAUGCAAAUAAAUUUUUUCACCCAACGAUUGGUUGAAGACAGGAUAGACAUGGGACUCACAAGCACGCAAAUGGCUUGUGGAUUCUCCUUUCUGUAUCACGCGUUCCCUCGAAAACAAUACAUUCUUUGUUCUUUUGUUCUUUUUUCUUUGUAUCCUUACAUUACCAUUAUGACUGUUACAUCAAUUCGAGAUUUUUUCUGCCCCUGGAACAAUCGCGCACGGCUGUAUUAGGCUGCCGCCUCGCAGCCUCGUGUCUUUGAGAGGCUGCUCUUUGGCAAUAAACAUCAAUGAAAUACCAGAUGAGCUUUUGUGCAAAAACAUGUGUAAAUAACAUGUGCUUUUGGUAGGAAAAAAGUAUUGAAGUGAAAUGCAAAGUAAGAUGGUUUUUGUUAUUAUUAUUUAUUUAUUUAGCUUUGCCUAACUAGAAUACAAUCUUCAUACAUGAAUACAUAAAAAUUAUUAGGCGGGGAGACCACUACAGCCUAACCAAUUACAGUGGAUUCCUUGUUAAUUAAAAAACAAAAAAAAACAAAACAAAACAAAACAAUUGUUGAAAAAAAACAGAACAACUAAAGCUACUGAUAUAUAAACAAGAAAAUCCAAAGGAAACAAAACAGAAGUUUAAAUUGCUAGAAGCAGCACGUCGGCGGGCACAGUAGAGUCCUUGCUAUGUUGCACCUGGGACAGAUUGUUCUCCAGGUUUUGAUGUCGUCAACAUCGUACAGGUCCAGAGCCUUAUUGUAAUAUUGAAGUAGUGAACGCUUAAAUGAGGCUAGAGAGAUGUGACUUGUGGGUAACUCAGCGUGCAGAACAUUCCAUGUGCGGCAUGCGCGCAUGAAAAAUGAGCGUUGAUAAGUAACAGUUCUACUUCACUUAGGGAUAUAAGUAAUAGCAUUGCUGCUCGAUGACCUGGUAGAUCUCAUUGAUUGUCUAGUUGCAGGCAGAGCUUCACUAUCUAUGAAAACUAAGUUAUUAACAGCUUUAUAGAAAAAGACUAUAUCCAAAAAUUCAUGCCAGUAUGAGACAGGUAACAGAUUUGUUAGUUGGAGGCAGGUCUUAUAGGUUACAUCGCAACGGAAGGGAAGCUUCAAAAUUAGUUUUGUUGCACGGCGCUGCACGUUUUCAACUCGUUUUAUUAAGCCAAUGGACUGUGGCGACCAUACUUGAGUUGCAUAGCCGAGCUGGCACCGGACGAUAGAAAGGUAAAGUGUACAACGCGUUUGGAUGCUUUGGAUGUACCUAGAAGCUCGGGACACAAAGCCAAGGAGUUUGUUGGCUUUUGCACACUGUUCAGUCACUUGUUUGUCCGAGGUAAGAUUGCUUGACACCCACACACCAAGGUCUUUCUCUGGAUCACAAGAUUCCAAAGGCGUUUCAUUGAUAUUAUAGGUGGGCUGUAUAGGUUAUUUUUGCGGGUGAUAGACUGGUUUUAACACUUGGACUGACUAAAUAUGAGCCCAGAUGAUUCGGACCAACUGACAAGAUCGUUAAGAUCUGAUUGCAAGGCAUUACAGUCUAUGAUGGAAUCGAUGCUCUUGAAAAUCUUGGUAUCAUCGGCAUAAGAGGCAACUCUCGAUGUCUUAACAGUGUUUGGUAGAUUAUCCACAAACAACAGAAACAAUAUCUGCCCUAGUAGGGAUCCUUGUGGUACCCUGGAUGUAACCGGCAAUUCUCGGGAAGUGGCUCCUAGAACUGUAACCUGUUGCUUGCAUUCUUGUAAGUAUGAACGGAACCAGUUGUGAAGUUUGCCAGUAAUGCCGUAUUGGUGCAACCUUCCAAGUAACGUGGUGUGAUCCACUUUGUCGAAUGUCUUACUCAUGUCAAGAUAUAUAAUGUCUAUUUGUUUACCAGCGUUGAGUUGAUCGCCAAUGUAAUGUAAGACUCUGGUGAGCUGAGUCACACAAGAUCUACCAGCUAAAAAGCCAUGCUGUUCAUGACUGAUGAGGUGGGAUAUACGAUCUCGUAGACCCACCAGAACGCAGCGCUCGAGAACUUUGGAGAUGACAGGGAGAAGGGAAAUAGGGCGGUAAUUCUCCACAAAGUCUCUCUUUCCUUUCUUGAAAAUGGGUACAAUAUUCGCAAGUUUCCAGUCUCCCGGAAAAAUGCCUAGCUGUAAGGAUUUGUUGAAUAACAUGAUCAGGGACGGUGAGAUCUGUUCAGCGGUUUCCUUCAGCAGCCGCACAGGAAUUCUACCGGAUCCAGUUGCUUUGUUUAUAUCAAGCUGUUUGAGAGAUGUCAAAACCAUUUCCACUGGGAUCUCCAGCUCAUUUAAUGUGAGGUGUGAGGACGUGAAAUGUGCUGACAAAGUGCGGAUCGCUGAGGGAGCAGUGAAAACUGACACAAAGUAAGAGUUAAAUAGCUCGGUGAUCUGUUGAGGCGUUGAUGCUUGGGGGCCCUGCUGAUUGUCAUCACCCGAGCUCAUUGUUUCAGGGAAGGUCCGCGUUUUAUUCUUGAGCUUAAAAAAGGACCAAAAGCGUUUAGGCUGCCGCGCGAGAUCUGAGUCAAGUGAGCUGAAGCAAAUCUCACGGCUCUCGUGUAUAAGAAUCUUGGCCUUUGUACGCAGUUCGCGAUACUUCUGUCGUUGAUGGUCUGUAGGAGAUUUCUUUAGCUUAGAGCAAGCAGCCUCCUUUUUCCGCAGAGCAUGGAUGAUUUCACUUGUGAUCCAAGGCGGGGUGUUUUUUCCCUUGAUCUUUUUGGUUGGGAUAAAAUCCGAGACUGCACUCAUAAAUGUGUCUUUCCAGUAAGUCCAGUCCAAGUUGAUGUCAUCGCUGUCUUGAAUAAGAUUGCAUAAAUUCAAGGCUUCAAGAGCUCCCCAAAGACUGUCAAAGUCUCCAUUACAAUAAUCGUACACUGUUCUUUUUAUUUUGUGAGUAGCUUUUGUAGAGGCGUGAAAUUCAAAGACACCGUGCCAUGGUCCGUGAACACAUCCGAUUCUUUUGGACUGAGCACCUCAGGCACAUGAACACGGUCCGGCACAUUCGUAAUUACGAGGUCUAACACUCUAUCAUGAUGGGUGGGGAUAAGUUUAAUUGUGUUAAAAAAUGAUCAUUAAGAAUUUCUAAGAACGCCACCUCUUUUGUGCCACUAGUGUUUUCUAAUGAGUCCCAAGAGGUUUUGGGCAAGUUCAGAUCGCCUCCUAUUACCAUAUUAUCGUAGGUUUCAGAAGCAUGGUCAAGAAAAAUAUUGAAUUCCUCCAACCAGCAGCUUGUAUCGUUGUCGGGAUCUGGCCAGUAAAUCGAGCAGAACAACACUUUCUUAUUGCAAAAAGUGGUCUUCUCAGCGCACACAAGUUCUAAGUCCUCUAGGUUUUCUGAGUCCGGCACAUAAUAAAUUAUUCCUGCAUCGAUUUGAAAGAGCUAGCUUUAGCAGCAAUAAGAACGCCACCGCCAUUGCGAUCCUUACGGUCUUUCCUGUAGAUGAUAAAGUCAGAAAGCGGGAAAAGUUCUUGGUCGAGGAUGUCACCAUUCAGCCAGGUUUCACUGAUUAAUACGAUGUCGGCGUGUUCGGAACAGACUAGGUCUUGAAUCCGAUCCAGUUCGGUAUUUUAUUGGUGUUUAUGUAAUAAGUAGAGUAUUACAUGGCUGCUUUAAAUGGUUUUUCAACACUCAAAGAGCCGACACUUAUUAUCUUCUAUGUAUUAUAUUAUAAAUAUUUGUAAUUUGUUGUGUGAUUUGUUUGUUGUCUCAUUUACAAAGUCCAGUAUAUCUCUAGAUGCCAUAUCCUUGCAGCUGCCUCAUAUUAUAUAAACAUGUAAAGUCAUGUCAGUUAAGCUGAUAUUCCUUAUUUCCAGUAUUAUAUCAAGCACUGUUAAAAGACAUGACUAACAGGUAAUAAUUAUUAUUACAUCAGAAUCAAGCUCUUUAGUAUUGAAUCUAUCAGCACGUACAUUUAAGUUUCACAAAGUAAAAUUCAUUGUACAGUAUUAGCAAGAAGGUAGUAAAUCUCUUUCAUUUUUUUCUCUGUAGUGCAAUGCAUCUUUUCACCAAGAGCGGGAGUCAGUCCUACCACGCCAACAGUCAUCCAGCAACUCUACAGUGUUAACCCUUACACUAAAUAACUUGACAAAGCUUAACAAAACCAGAGGAAACACUCGUUUUAUAUUUGAACUAUACUCACUAACGGCACAUCAAAGUGAAAGUACUACAUGUGUUAAAGCUGAAAAAUAUAUAGAUGAUGAAUUUACACCUGCAGUUUUUAAGACCAUUAUUGUCAAUAGUACUGGCACGGGUGGUACAGCAUACAGUGCAUGGAAGCCUGUUGCCUACAUAGACAAGAAGAGAAGUUUGGAGGAACAAGUUCCCUCUUAUGCAUAUUACAGGAAUUCUCACCAUUUUAUAUCUAGCCACUGUGAUUCUCUUCCAUAUUCUCCAUAUCACCCUUCUUCGUUUAGCAUAGCAUACCAUUUAAAGAAGUAUACAUUUCUGUCAUAUGGAAUGAACAUCUCAUUUGGACGACAGAAGGAUGGAUGGUAUGAUGGUAAAGAAGCCAAACGUUAUCUCAGUUGGUAAGUAAAUGAAGCCCCACUAACAGAAACCUUCAGGAGCUCCAGACAGAUAUUCCCAACUAAAGUCCCUGCAAUUUCACCCCUCAAACCUGCAUUUUUUACUUCUUGCAAACACACAAGCACCACAUUUUUCAGGGUGCUAAGAAGCUAAAUUUACCUUCAGUGGACAACAAAGUAAAUCUAAACUGAAAUUUAACAUAAAUAGGUAAUAUAAUUCCACAUUUAUUGAAAUUCCACAUUGGAACAAGUAAUUAAUACUAGUGUACAGGGUUCUCACUAAGAUUUCAAGUCACUGGGUAAAUACAAUAAGUACAUGUAGACGGGGAAUCAAACAGCUAGGGAUUUCUUUUGGUUUUAUUUUCUUCUAUUUCCCUACAAAAAUGGCCAGGGACCACGUUCAUAGUAGCCAGGAGAAAUCCCUGGCCCCCAGCUCUAAAUGACAGCCCUGAGUGUAGUUGUUUCUUUCCCAUUCUGUACAUCAAUAAUUGAAAUUCACAAAUUUCUAGGCAACAAGGAUCUUUCAUGUGCUCUUCAUUAAAAUUAAUUCUCUGAUGGCAGGCCUGCAGAUAACAUUAUUAUUCAUUCAAAAUAUUUCUCUGUUUCUGAUUGGCUCAAAUCCCACAGCUAAUUCUUCAUAACCAGCUAGUGUUGACCAAAUUUGGAAGACAUUUGAGAUAUCUGCAAAAUGAUGUUUAUAGAAUACAACUAUCCCCCAAAGGGGAGGUGAAUAGGGGUGGAUAUGUGUGCUGAGACAUGAAGCAUUGAGGUGUAUAUCUACCACUGUUCACUGAUCCUGAAGGGGAUAGUUGUUUUAGUAUUUACCAAAUCAGUUGGAUAAAACUGAAAAAAGUAAUUUUUUGACAAUUAGAAAUGUCACUUAGUAGGAACUUUGUGUACAGUUUACAAACAUUUCGAGGAUUUUGUCAAGUGCAUUUUACAAUUUUGUUGCAAAUUCAGCUUGAAAAUAAUUUUCUACCUACCAUUGAACACCGACAAGCCAAAAUUCAUCACUUUUUUGGUAUUUGUUUGGACGACUGCUUCAUUUAUCGGAGAAAUUUCAUCUUUCAAAAAUGUCUCGAAACGAGAUGUCAAGGAUAUUCCAAGUUACAGGAGCCAAUCAAAACACGCGAAAAUUGCUAUUGACUGAUUUUUGGUAAACACUAAUACAGAAUAAUUAAGCAGAAAAAGGACGGCAAACAAGACACCCUGGAGGCACGGUUGUGUUGUUUUGGUAGAGCAAGGCAAAACGGAAGAUAACACCAUCCGAGAUCUACAUAAUUCUUCAGAUCAAAUUUAAGUCAAAUCCAAUAAUUGCUGAAGAUUUCUAGAAAAGGUGUGGGGUAUACAUUUUGCAAAAUAUGUUGAUCUUUUACAGGCAUUUGGUGAUUUUAUCACUAACACAACAAAAAGACUAAUAAAAAUGAAAUAAUAAGUAUCUUUGCAAGCACAAGAGCUGGAGAUGAGUCAUUGAUGCUGUCAUUGUUUUUCUCUGUGUGUCUUCCAUGCGAUUUUCGGAGAAAUCUCACCAGAAUUUAAUGUUCAAAAACUUUAUUAUUAUUUACGGUAAAAAUGAAACACAGUGGUUGACAUACUAUUAGCUUCUCUUUUCUUCACUCCUAAGGAUCAGAGAUGCUGGCAAAACUUUUAAACUCAUCUGCAGCUUGUGGUUGCACUUGAGUUUUGAAAAUCAUUGACAUCGUCUCUAGGAUAAUCAGAGUGUAGACAAUGGAAAAUUGUUGUCAAUUUGUUAUAAAUAAAUACAGGCAAUUCAUCUAUUGAUGUCAUUCUUUUCACAGCUCUAUUAAUAAAUAUUUGAUUCUUCUUUGUUUUUACUUAUAUUUAGGUCUGCGGUUGUAGGAUAUGGACGUCCACUGUCAGACCGUUUUUCUUCAGUGGUGCUGAUUAUCAUUAUCGUAGGCUUUGGUGCUCCAUUGCUUCUUAUUUUUGUCACUGUUGUUUAUAUUAUUGUCAAGAGAUUUAAAGCCAAAAAGGCAGCAUCAUCGUAUGGUAUAAUAAACUGACAUUGGUUGUAAUUUUAAGAACCAAUGUAGUGUGGUUUAUGAAUACAUACAUUCUAACCAAAUGAUUAAAAUGUCUUAGUAUUGAUAGCUGGAUAUUAAACAUCCAUUAUUUGAAGUAAAUGGACCCAAACUAUCUGCACUUGUAAAGAGCCUUACGUUUGUGGGUUUUUUUUGAGAAUUUAAAAAGAAAGUUUGUGACAAGAUUAACACAUUUAAUGGGGCAUCACCAUUCGAUGUAUAGCAGAAUAAGAACAACCAAACUUUGCAAAUGUGCAUACACACUCAAUUUUUCAGUUUUAAAAUUGCCUUUAGCUAUGGUUGAUGAAAAGGACUGUGGCUAGGAAAAAUUGGGCUUAAUUUUUCAUUGGCAACUUUGCUUUUGCACAAACCUUUUUUACAACCCCUUGACUUUGAGGCCUUUAAUAUAUUGUAUGUUCUUUUCAACUUAUUAUUUGUACAAUAUUAAUUUCAUCAUUACCGUAAAUGACCUAAUAAAUUAGAAAACGAGGCUAGCCGUGCAUAAACAAAGUUUUUCAAAUCUCCUGGAACGAAAUGGCUGCCGCGUGACAAAGGUCUAUUACUCCAAAAUACUAGGAAUUAGCAAAAAGGAGCAAUUCAUUCUGUUUUUUCUUUGUUAGAGUGUUUGCGUAUUUCAUAUUGUUUAAUGUCAAAUUCAAAGUAAGGAUAGACCAACGAUGGUAACAUAAUAACCCUGAGCAAGGAUUCUGACUUAGGUGUUGGGAGUUGAAAGAGCAACAUGGAUUUGUAGACGGCUAGACAUAUCAAUUGAUGGAGUGGAUAUUCGGCUAUUUUAAAACUCUCUUGAUAUUUUUGCCAAAAGCAUAUUAGUGUUCUUGAGCUUGUUACAGUUAUGGGAAUGAAUGCCUCUGUCUUUUGACAACCCCUGCUUGGACCUCUGAAAUUAAAUAGACAACCCAGGCGUUGAUUAGGUCAUUUAUGGAACACCAAGAAACAGCUAAAAAUAGUAAUUCUUUCAACAUUUGCAAGAUGUAAAAUAAUAAAGAUAGCAAAAAUGCAUGUUAAUCACUUAUAUUUUGUAUAUUGAUAAUAAAAUGCCA